ACGUACGGUAUCACCGAAGUUCCCAUUAUCAAUAACCAUGAAGCUGUUGGUGGUACUUUCCGCUCUUAUAGCAUUGUGCGCUGGAAAUGCUGUCCCUCUGGUGCCAGGGGAUAACAGCCACUAUGUCGAGGGCGAAAGCCGCUAUAUCUGGAUGCCUGAUGGCGAAGGAGUACCCCAUCUAGUAGACCUGCAGGAACCAGCUGAUGAAGGCCUCUUGCGCAACAGAAACGGCAACAAUAAUGCGUACUGGCUUUACACCAGAUGGAAUCCAACCAACCCGCAAGUAAUUGUUCAUGGAAAUGUUAAUACCAUUUGGUCUUCCAACUACGUCGCCAGUCGCCCGCUGAAGGUUAUCGUCCACGGAUGGAACAGUAAUGGAAACAGUGCCAUCAACCCUCUAAUCAGAGAUGCUUUCUUGGCCGUUUCUGAUGCCAACGUCAUCGUAGUGGACUGGAACGCUCUGGCCAACGGUCUCUACGCCUCUGCCGUCCUUGGUAUUCCCAGUGUAGGACAGUCCCUAGGAAAUUUCUUAGUGUGGCUGAUCAAUACCGCUGGAGGAAAUUGGAACAACGUCCACCUGGUCGGAUUCAGUCUGGGAGCUCACAUCGUUGGCAUUGCAGGCCGCACAGCAGGCGGACAGGCCAUCCGAGUAACUGGUCUAGACCCCGCCGGACCACUAUGGAGUGGAAACAGUAACGCAUUAAACGCCAACGCUGGCGCCUACGUUGAGUGUAUUCAUACUGAUGGCGGUCUCCUCGGCAUCUUCAACCCCAUCGGUGAUGCCGACUUCUACCCCAACGGUGGCAAAAACCCCCAGCCCGGCUGCUGGAUUAGCACGUGCUCCCACAGCCGUGCCUACGAGCUGUUCGCCUCCACUAUCAUUAACAACCAUCUGAACGGACGUCUGUGCGGCAACGUCAACCAAGCUCAAAACAACCAGUGCUCGGGAGGCACAUUCCAAAUGGGCAACGGCGUUCUUACAAAACGAGGAGCUGGAUUGUUCGGAUUAACGACGGGCCGAUCUUGGCCUUAUUAAAGAUCUUGACUUUGUAAAA